AGUGGUAUCAUGAGCUGUUGUGUUACAGUCCUCGUGGUUGUUAGUGGAAACCGUGCUACAAGAGUCAGAGGCGACUUCUAUACUUCAGCUGUGGAGGAAAUGUAAGCCUACAUACCGUACACAUCAUGACAGACUUCGACUACUCCCUGUAUAGCAAGAAGUCAUAGAAGCAAGAGACCCACCAUGAGAAUCCACGGAGAUUUCCACAGCUUUAGGCCCAUGCCUCGGAGGCGAGCUGCUCUCUUAGGAGACAAUAGUCAUCUGGCAACGUCCCUGUUCUCCCGCCCAAAGGCAAGCUCACACGACGUACCACAACGUCCAAGGCAAGUUUCCAAAUCUGAAAUGUCCACUCGAUCAUCUAAUCCACAAUGGAUGAAAACUUUGGAAGAGAAGUUCCAUAAGCUUCAUGUUAAGAUUGACUCCUACCCGCAAGCAGGAUUCCGAGGAAAUCAGUUUCCCCCUAGUUAUGGGGUCGGUAUACCUCGGUAUAACUGGGCACAAAAAACCUCUAACAAACCAUUACCUAACAAAUACACCCUAAAUAGGCCGGUCGACCUAGUUCGUCUUGGCAAAUCCGUUCUUCGCUAUGCAAAGACGAGACGGUACUCGGAGCAGCGAUCCAAAGCUACUCGACCUUACGGUGAGGCACACAGUCCCAAAACAAAUCAACCCGGCAAUCAGUCUGUUAGCGCUGUCGCCUUGUGUGCUAAUUCAACUAUAACGAUUCCCCCCACGACAGAUGAUUCGCACGGAUUGUCAGAGGGAUAUGAAGAUUAUGUGGGCAGGAGUAACCUACAUGUAGGUGCAGUCCGAACAAGACCGUACUACUGUGAUACACAAAGUCUGUUGCCCGACGGUAACGAGCUGGGCGCUGACAAUCCCAAGGGUGAUAUUCACGGGACCGCAACGGGUUCACCUGUAACAGACUCUGGAUUCGACUUACCAGGGCUUUAUGACGACUGUCAGCUACCUCUGACUGACAGACACGGAGAUAGACGCAACCAGGGGGACGUUGUUGAAACGCGAGCGGUGGCAACCACCAAUGGGACGUACCUGGACACUAUAGCUCGUGCAUUUUCUCCCAGCCCCUCUUGUUUCUCCCACCCUUCAACUUACAAGAGUUCCUGGAGACCCAAGUCGUCGCAGGCAGCGUCGGAAAGCGCGAGCUACCGAGUUCAUAAGAACAUACGCCCACGAUCAGUCAAAAUGCCAAGAAAUGGCCGCAAGACCUCUGAAGCAAAACGAAUCAACGUUCUACUUGGAAUGUCCGAAGAAGCCAGAUAUGCAAUUUCGGAAACCAAAAAAGAGAUGGGUUCACAACCAAAGAGUGUCCUUGACAACGGACUCGGUCUGAGCGACGGCGAUGGCGAAAGUAACAACAACAACAACCGUCGUGGAAGGCUUCAUUAUAGCAUAACCACGUCAGACAAUUUGAUUUCUUCGAAAGGACAAGAUUUAAGAAAUGAUACAGCUGAAGGAGAUUGUACUGAUAUUGGAGAAGGUGACGGGGUAGGUACUGGGAGCAACAUGCAUGAAAGUGUCCCAUCUUCAGCCUCUGUCAACACAACAAUUGGCGAGGAUUCGAAUUCCAGGAACAUGUCGGUCACGUCAGUUGCUCAGGAAGAUGGGAACGAGCUCAGCAAAAGGUUGCCGGCACUUUCGUCAAGUGGAGUGUCAGGAGCUAAAAGUUUAAACUACCUUCAGGUUAGGCAGCACAAUGGCCUGAGUGCUGACAGUAGACACAAAAUGCUUCGAAAUAUUUCCCGUGAGAAGACGUUCCAAAUUACACCACCUGACUACGACGUGAGAUUUCGGGAGAUUCUCACGUGUGAAAUCCCGGAGUCCGAGACCCCGCCUGCAGACAUCAAAGCUCAAGCUGUGGCCAAGUGCUCAGAAUGGCUCAACAAACGGUAUAUCACCAAUUUUAGGGGUGGUAAGGAGAAUGUAUCGUGACGAGAAGUGUUUACAUAUACUUAUAUAUACCUAGGUCAGUAUUUCCUAUCUGUUCUUGGCCACGUCGGUUACGAUCGCUUAAAACUGCCCACGGACAAAAUGUCACAAUAUUAUAUAUUUGAUACACGGUACAUAUUUGCGUACAAGUCAGGUAUAGCAAACGUGAACAUUUUGCUUCAAAGAACUUCUUGUUGUGAAAGUGAGAAAGAGGGAGAAAAUUGAUUAGGGAGCAUAGGACUAAGUGUUUAUUUACGCAGAUAACUUCCAGGCUCCACCUCUUUCCAAUGGACGCUGACUGGCGGACAAAGGACUCAGUGUUUAUUUAGACUCAGAUAACUUCCAGGCUUUACCUCUUUCCAGUGGACGUUGACUGGCGAGUAUUUAGAUUCAGAUAAUUCCAAGAAUUUACCUCUUUCCAAUGGACGUUGACUAGCGAGCAAAGGACUCAGUGUUCAUUUAGACUCAGAUAACUUUACUUCUUUACCUCUUUCUCAUGUGACUCACAAAAACUGAUUGUGUGUGAAGUACCUAGAACAUUCCAUAACUGACAAGGAUUUUAUUUUCUGCUCUUACAUCACCGCAUGUUGCAUUCUAUACAGUAUUCAUGUAUUUAUAACCGAUAUGAAGAUAUUGUGCAAUUUUCCAACAAAAUAAUGUCGAGAACUAUUUUUCAUGCAUGACCUCUUGUAUCUUUCCGUGACCAGUGAUGAUUAUUUCCAGGCUCUGUGGUAAGUUUCCUACAAUAACAAACAUAACUGGCUUCAUGCAGUAAGUGAAAUACUCUUUGUUUAUAUGCGGUAUGACUGCAAUCGAAUUAGCAUUUAACCGAUCCACAACUCAUAAACUCGUAGGUUGAACGGGAAGUUCAUCAUCAUUUCACCAAUUAUCGAAUCAGUGCUUGAUUGCUGUUGACAAAGCGAGGCGAAACUCAGACAAGUUUAUUUUCCUUAAUGUCUGUCUAUAUUGAUGACAGAUUAUCGUCAAUGAUCAACUCUCCUCUAGCCGUGGCCUACAUGAGGACGACUCUUUGUGACGUUGUCAUGACAACCCUCUUUAUCUGUUUCCAUAUCUCACAUUUAUGACAAAAGGGUGAACCAUUUAAAUUUGUGUGAUAUUCAUAUGAAUUUAGUCAGAACAUUAUAGUUUUGACUCAACUGUCUGUUUUAUAUCUGCGAUAUCAUUGGAUUUCAAACAAGUUUUGACUCAACUGUCUGUUUUAUAUCUGCGAUAUCAUUGGAAGUCAAACAAGUUUUGACUCAACUGUCUGUUUUAUAUCUGCGAUAUCAUUGGAAUUCGAGAUAUAUUCAAACAACUGUAUCCACUAACUUUGAACGUUAGUUUUAAUUCGAAUUCCUUUUUUUUAGAUCUGUGAUAUGCUGAAACAGUGCAAAAAAUCGCAAUAUAUAUUUUUCACUCACAGAGAUUAAUCUCGUCACAAUUAUAAUUAACCUCGCUGAUAUAAAUUAAAGAUUUAUUGAAUGCAAAAGCAGGAAA